CUUUCUUUUACUCCCGGUAGAGUUUCUUCCCCGCCAUACAUCCUACACACAUAUAUUACUGCGCUAUAAUUUUCCAACUAUGCUUACAGUCAUUCCUGCAUUUCAACCCAAACGCGCGGGACGCCUCUUCGUACACACCCUCUCAGCAUCCUUUGAGCCUUUCGCGCAGCGCUGCUUCAAAGGGGCCAUCGCCAUUUUCAGAGUGCCACUGAAUGCAACGUUAUUCGUUGUGAUCGUCUUUAUCCAGCUCGCCCUCAACGCUUUCGGGUACUUCUUCAAGAAUAAUAACGGUCCAAAGGCCAAGGACAGGAAGAAUGCUAAACGGUCCAAAAGGCUCUCGCGUACUCAGAUCGACAUGGAGAGGUUGGAAGCAGAUGCAUCACUCGAUGAGCAACACAGAGAAGGCUCUCUCGAUGAGGGAAGUUCUCAGAACAUCUCCUCAUCCCUGGAGUUGCAAAUGCCGGCUAUGUCAUUAGCGUCCACAUGUAUAGCCCCUCUGUCCCGUGAAGACUCGAAAAUGCACCUCGAUUCUACGACAAGCGCCCGCACGCGUCGUGUCCAUCGGCUCGUCUCCCACCUCAAGCAGCACACCGACAACGACGGACCAGGUCACUGUCACGACAAGAAGAUCCGAAAAACCAACUCGGAGUAUCGCAAGAGCCAAACAGACGGAGAAGCCCUAUUACAAGACUCGAGCAGGAGCGGGAUACUGCGUACUUCAAACCAGCCGCUGGUCCGGCAGGUGACUCACGCUUUGUCGUCGGUUUUCCGCACCCCACUCCGUCUUCCGAAGAAUACCGCGACUGUAGCUUGUCACACCCCUGACUCUGUCGAAGGGCCUAUUGGCGAUGUGAUGACAUUCACGUAUCCGCCGUAUCCGGUCAGCAAGGUGGCCGACUCGAGCGAAAGGAAGUGGCCGUGGCAGAUUCGGGAGACGCGAGGACCGUGCAUAGAAGCCUAGCCUAUCAAUUCAUUGAGAUCUCUGUAAAUUAUCGUAGAGGCCUGGUUUCAAUCCAUCCCUAAAGCACACUUCGAGUUUUUGUCCUCAAGGUGGUCCGUGCUCGAGCCUAUGUAGUGAAUGUUGGAUAUUGCAGGGGCGUGCACUUCGAGUUUUCAAGGUGGCCCGUGCUCAGGCCACAGGUCUAAGAGUAAAGACACCCGCUUGUGGUCCCGAC